GAUAGCGUUAAGACUGCUCCCGUUUCAGUCUUACUGACAGGUUUAUAGUCAACCUGCGGCUUCCAUCCCCGUUCCUCUCUACUCUCGUCGGGCAUGACCAUGCACUUCUGCUAGACCAUUCUACAAACAGCUAACACACUCUCUCUCCCUCUAGUUUCUGCCCACAACGCCAUGGAACAACCCCCCCCACCACCCUGAAACACCACCCACCACCGUAAGCUAGCUCCAGUACUCCGAUAACAACAAGGCCUGCAUUCACUCCUUCCACUAAACUCUCGAAGAUCCCUCACUCCCAACCAUUCGGAUUCUCACUUUGUCUCCUCAAAUGGCUUCCACAAGCUCAACUCCCAUCGAACCUUCCGCUCUUGCUCUGCCCGACGACAUGGCCUCAAAGGCCUUGAACAAGCGCUACGAAGGCCUCGUCACCGUGCGAACUAAGGCCAUCAAGGGAAAAGGAGCCUGGUACUGGACCCAUUUAGAGCCUAUUCUCCUUCACAACCCCGACACGAGCCUCCCCAAAGCAGUCAAACUAAAGUGCUCCUUGUGCGACACCCUUUUCUCCGCAUCCAACCCCUCCAGAACCGCUUCGGAGCACUUGAAAAAGGGUGCUUGCCUCAAUUUCAGCUCCGUUUCCCGACCCAGCAGUGCAUCUCUAUCGCCGUUACCGAUAUCCUCGGUGCCGUCUCCGUUACCAUCUUCACAUAAUCAUAGAAAGCGAAGCUCCCAAAUGGGUAUUCAUCCUUUACAUUCAUGUUCUUCUUCUUCGUACCAGGCUAAUUCUUUAGCUUUGGUCGAGUCGUCGCGGUUUUAUAACAACCAAAACCACGACGGGUCGCAUUACUCCCCAUGCCAGAACCCGGUUGGCGCGGCGAGUAAUUCGGGGCACCAUUUGGUUUUAUCGGGCGGGAAAGAGGAUUUGGGUGCAUUGGCAUUGCUGGAAGAUAGUGUAAAAAAGCUUAAGAGUCCUAAAGGGUCAGCUGGUCCUGCUUUGAGCAAGGACCAGAUUGAUUCCGCGCUUCAAUUACUAGCAGAAUGGUUCUACGAGUCAUGUGGGUCUGUCUCAGCUUCGAGCCUCGCGCACCCCAAGUUUAGAGCGUUUAUUCACCAGGUGGGCUUGCCUGGGUUAUUGCUGCGGGAGCUCACGGGUGCUAGGCUUGAUGCUAAGUUUGAGGAGGUGAAGACUCGGUCGGAUGCUAGGAUAAGAGACGCAAUGUUUCUUCAGGUUGCUAGUGAUGGGUGGAAGGGAAAGAGUUGUUGUGGAUUUACUUGCGAUGGAGAAAAUUUGGUUACAUUUACGGUGAAUCUUCCAAAUGGGACAAGUGAUUUUCAAAAGGCGGUGUUCACUGGAGGAAUGGUGUCAGCGAAGUAUGCGGAGGAAAUCUUGUGGGAAGCGGUGACAGAUGUUUGUGGGAGUAGCGUGCAGAGAUGUGUAGGGAUAGUUGCAGAUAAGUAUAAGGCCAAGGCAUUGAAGAACUUGGAGGUUCAGAAUCAUUGGAUGAUAAAUCUCUCUUGUCAGCUUCAGGGGUUUGUAAGUUUGAUCAAGGAUUUUAACAAAGAACUUCCACUUUUCAGGACUGUCACCGAGAACUGCAUAAAGGUUGCGAAUUUCGUAAAUACUACUUCUCAGGUUAGGAAUAGUUUCCUCAAGUACAAGAUGCAAGAACUUGAGUGUGCUGGGUUACUACGAGUUCCUUCGCCAAAAUGUGACACUUCAAAGAAGUUUGGCCCGGUUCAUGCAAUGUUCGAAGAUAUACUGAGCUGUUCCCAGGUGCUCCAAAUGGUUGUACUGGAUGAUCUGAAUAGAGCAACAUGUCAGGAGGAUUCAAUUGCGAGAGAAGUUGCUGGUUUGAUUCAAACCGAGGGGUUUUGGAAUGAGUUGGAGGCAGUAUAUUCGCUUGUGAAGCUGAUCAGAGAGAUGGCUCAGGAGAUUGCAGCUGACAGGCCAUUGAUUGGACAAUGCCUAACUCUUUGGGAGGAGUUGAGGGGGAAAGUAAAGGACUGGUGUGCCAAAUUCAGCAUUACCGAGGGGCCUGUAGAAAAAAUAAUUGAAAAGCGAUUCAGGAAAAACUACCACCCAGCAUGGUCGGCUGCAUUUAUACUGGACCCUCUUUACUUGAUGAGGGACACGAGUGGAAAAUACCUUCCACCAUUCAAGUGCUUGACGCAUGAGCAGGAGAAGGACGUCGAUAAGCUCAUAACAAGGUUGGUUUCCAGGGAAGAAGCUCAUGUUGCAUUGAUGGAGCUCAUGAAAUGGAGGUCAGAAGGGCUAGACCCUCUCUAUGCUCAAGCAGUUCAGGUAAAACAGCGAGACCCUGUUUCUGGGAAGAUGAAGAUUGCAAACCCACAGAGCAGUAGACUUGUAUGGGAAACUUGCUUAAGUGAGUUCAAGUCUCUGGGUAAGGUUGCAGUGAGGCUCCUCUUCCUUCAUGCAACUUCUUGCGCAUUCAAGGGUAAUUGGUCUUCCAUGAAAUGGGUUUGUGGCCAAAGACACUCAAGGAUCGGCAUGGAAAGGGCUCAAAAGAUGAUAUUCAUUGCAGCUCAUGCAAAGCUUGAAAGACGGGAUUUUUCAAAUGAGGAAGAAAAGGAUGCGGAGCUGUUUGCGGUGGCAGGCAGUGACGAUGACGUGCUCAAUGAGGUCUUUGCCGAUGCGCCCUCAGUGUAAUGUUUUUUCUGUUCAACUGCUGUAGAUUAUUGAAACCAUAGGAUUUAUUGAAAUUCUUUGCAAAGCUCCUUUUUUCCUUUUCCUUUUCUUUUUCUUUUUCUGUCGUUCCCUUCUAGUAGCAGAUUUUUGGAGACUUGUGGUUGGGAGUUAAAAAUAACCGGAAGGAGUUGAACACUGCA